AUGAAGAUCCAUAAGAUGAUUCCCAGCCUAUGUACAUGGCAGAUCUCCAUGCUCACUCUUAUCACCAAUAUCCUCUUUGUUACAUCCACCUCUCCAUCUCCUAACCCUAGCCACCAUGAUCUCUUGGCGCUCUUAUCCCUCAAAUCCCACAUAACAAGUGAUGCACUGUCGUCAUGGGAUGCAGCAAGCAACGACACCAGCAAACCAGUUCCUAAUUUCUGCAAAUGGACUGGUGUGACUCAUGGCGACCGUCGCCACCCUGGCCAUGUCACUGCCAUAGAUCUGCAUGGCUAUGGCCUUGGAGGCACCAUCUCUCAAGACAUCGGCAACCUCACAUACCUCCACUUCAUUGAUCUGUCGUCCAAUAAUCUGGUAGGUGAUAUUCCCUCCAGCCUUGGCAAUUGCAGAAGACUUCGUACUAUGAAUUUGAGCAGUAACCACUUGUCUGGUUCUGUCCCUACUCCUCUGGGUCACCUAUCAAAGCUCAAAAUUUUCAAUGUCAACUACAACAAUCUGACUGGCGAAAUUCUCACGACACUAUUUAAUGUCACAACGCUAAUGUUCCUUAGAAUUGGGGGAAACUCCUUUCAGGGCCAAAUCCCCAGCUGGUUGAGCAACCUAACAUCAUUGACUGAUUUGUAUCUUGUGAAUAACAACUUCAGUGGCAACAUCCCUGCAGAUUUAUGUAAGUUAAGUAACCUCACGGGGUUUGAUGUAAUGAAUAACAAGCUUGACGGCCCUGUUCCUCCAUCACUCUUCAAUAUUUCGUCCAUCACUAUCUUAGGUCUUGCCAAGAACCAGCUUACAGGAUCACUGCCACUUGAUAUUGGCUUUAAGCUUCCCAAGCUAUAUGCUUUGGUCACAUAUAACAAUUACUUUGAGGGUCCAAUACCAGCCUCCUUAUCAAAUGCAUCUGAACUCCAAUAUCUGAUUCUUCGUGGAAACCAAUAUCAUGGUUUUAUCCCAUGGGAGAUUGGUAUUCAUGGUAAAUUGAAGUUUUUUCGUAGGCCACAAUGA